CUCCUGCCCUCAUUCUCACAGUGGACUGCCACAAGGGGCCUGCUCUGCCUGAGUGUGUCACCAGCUUCCCAUACACUCAUCUGUAGAGCUCCAACACCCAUCCUAACUGCCACAGCUGAGCUGGGACUGCAGGACCCCCAAAGCAGUGAGACAAGGACCCUCUUCAUCAUCUCCACCAGCUAGGACAGGAGACACUGAGCAACUCUCACACACACUCAUCAGUCUGGUUGAGCGAGCAGCAGGACAGGCAGUCACUAACUUGAAGGUAUACAAGUGAGUAUUAGUAAUGGGUGACUGGAGUCUUCUGGGGAACUUCUUGGAGGAGGUACAGGAGCACUCCACCUCAGUGGGGAAGGUGUGGCUUACCGUGCUCUUCAUCUUCCGCAUCUUGGUGCUAGGCACAGCUGCCGAGUCGUCGUGGGGUGAUGAACAGUCAGAUUUUACAUGCGACACACUGCAACCCGGUUGCACCAAUGUCUGCUACGACAAAGCCUUUCCCAUUGCACACAUUCGCUACUGGGUCCUGCAGAUCGUCUUUGUCUCCACACCCUCACUCAUCUACAUGGGCCAUGCCAUGCACACGGUGCGUAUGGAGGAGAAACGGCGCCAGAAGGAGCAGGAGGAGCGUGAAGCAGAAGACCACAGAGGAGAAGCAGGAGGAGGAGGCGAGAAGGAGUACAUGGAACAGAAGGAGAAAGGGUCAGAGAUGCCAGGCAAGAUCCGCUUGAAGGGGGCACUGCUGCAGACAUAUGUGCUAAGUAUCCUGAUUCGUUUGGUUAUGGAAGUGACUUUCAUUGUGAUCCAGUACAUGAUGUAUGGCAUCUUCCUGGAAGCCCUGUACCCCUGCGAUACCUCACCCUGCCCCAACCGUGUGAACUGCUACAUGUCUCGGCCCACAGAGAAGAACGUCUUCAUUGUGUUUAUGCUGGUAGUGGCAGUUGUGUCCCUGUUCCUCAGCGUCCUGGAGCUGUACCACUUGGGCUGGAGGCAAUGCAAGCGUUGCUUUAGAAAGUACGCCGAGAGUCAUGCGGCCAGGAGCAGUGGUGAUGCCAAUGACAAAAGCAGCAAGGCUGUUUCUACAGCAACAAAAGUCAUGGCAACCAUCAGUAUGGACCUUCCAGACACCCCCCAGUCACGUCCUUCCCAAACGUGCACCCCACCUCCAGAUUUCAACCAGUGCCUUGCUGCUUCAGGACAUGGGCCAACAUCACCUCCACAUCUUCAUCACCAUCAUCAUCUACAUCCAAUCCAUUCCAGCUACCAGCCCUUCACCAACCACUUGGCCCACCAGCAGAACUCUGCCAACCUGGCAACCGAGCGCCAUCACCAUAGCCAUGACAACCUGGAGGCAGGGGAGGACUUUCUGCGGAUGAGCUACGGGCAACCAUCGGCCACAGUGUCCUGCAGUCAUGUCCCAGCUGAGGUGUCACCUAGCGCUCCCUCUACGCCCACGUCCAAUGGCAGCUUCAUUAGAGACAAGCGCCGCCUCAGUAAGACCAGCGGCUCGAGCAGCAAUAGAGUCCGGCCAGACGACCUGGCUGUGUAGGCCAGAGAGGAGAUUCUAGCUUCUGGAGUCAUGCACAGAUUUGCAUGUGUGUAUGGUUGUAUAUGCAAGUCUUUGUUGGUACUAGCAGUGGAUUGAGAUUUUGAUAGCCAUCUUCUCAGGUUGCAUAGACAAUGUCUCACACAUCAGUGGGGACUAGAGAAUGAUGAAGAAAGAGAAAGAAUCUGUAUCAGAGCACCUUAUUUGGUUUCAUUGAAACUGUUGUAUAGUGUUGAGGGUGGGGCUUUGACAGGGUAGAUCUAGAGAUUGUACAUAGCAUAUAAAGUACUGAAGCAUAUAUGUACAGACGAUGGUGGGAUGGCUGGUUAAGUGGAUGGAUGGUUGUGCGGAUGGAUCUGAGAGAUCAAAAUAUGAAAACCAAACCCAACAAUUUAUAGUGAUUUGUGAAAGAUAUCAAGGAAAUAAUAUUGAGAUUAAAAAUUAGGGCUGGCCCAAACAGCAUUUUACAGGUUUAACAUUUACAUUUCAUAGUUAUCCAUAAUUUUAAAUAUGCUUUUUAAUCAAAAUAUCCCAAAAUAUUAAAUACAGUUUUACAUGUUUUUAUGACUGACGUCUCAAAGACAGCAAGAGACAGAUGUGCUGUAAUGUUACGUCAGACAAGGAGAUACAUGAGUCUGAAUGGAUUUUUGUCUAUUUACAUUUACAUUUAUGGCAUUUGGCUGACACUCUUAUCCAGAGUGACUUACAAUUUGAUCAUUUUUACAUAGGUAGGCCAAGGCAGUGUUAGGAGUCUUGCCCAAGGACUGUUAUUGGUAUAGUGUAGGGUGUUUGCCCAGGUAGGAACUGAACCCCAGUCUACAAUGUAGAAGGCAGAGGUGUUACCCACUACACUAUCCCAACCACUAUUUACUUCCUAGAUAGCAGCAGUGAUAUGGAAGAUGCAUUUAAACUCUUUGUUUUGCAAGGUGUUUUAGUUUCAGUUUAGGAACUAGAAAAUUAAGUUCACAUUCCAUCGUGAGUGAAAUAACUUCAAAAGGCAAAUAUAAACCUCACUAAAGAUUGACAACUCAGUUUUUGUACUAAAUUUGAGCAGAUUUACAGCCAUCCAUUAGCUAGCCUGCUAUCUUGUUUGUAAACAAGUCACAGAGGACAUGUUCAGUUUCUUCAGCUGAAUAGCAUUAAGCAGUAAAAAACACAGCCAAACAUUUUUACAUAUUUCCCCAAUGUAUCUUGCUGCAGUCUUUCAAAGAAAAGAAGGGUCUUGGGAAAUUGUAGAAGCGAUUGUGGCUGGUGUUCAUCCUUUAGCUAACAUUAGCCUACUUGUGUAUAAAAUUACUUUUUAGGCCUAACAUCAGCUUGAUCAUUAAGUAAUUUCUCCUGGUUUUAUGAUAAAAUAUUUUGUUUAAAACAGUGAUAAAUAAGCCUUUAACCUUUAAAACUGUCAGGAGGACAAGACCAUUUGCACAAGGAAACAAAUGUCAACAUAACGAACAAAUACUCAAGUAUUCAAAUUAUUCAGGCCAGCCCUAGUAUGGAUGAGAUCAAAUAUUUGAAAUUACUAGAGACAAAAGUUUCUUAGUACACUGUAUAAACAAACUAAAGCCUUGAAAAAAGGACUGGUGCACAUCGCAUCUUUAUUUCCUGUGAAAAGUGAAUAGCAAGGACAUCAUUAACCUGCUGCUUACUUAAAUUAUGCACAUAAUUUAAACAAUUAGUUUCUAAUUAUCAGCAAAACCACAAACUAUAAACACAUCAAGCCAAGCAGGGUCUGGCAUACUGUAUGUAAGCCAGACUAUGUGAGAACAUAUCAACCAAAGAGCUCCAACCCCAUACGCCAGUGUGACACUUCAAUGGACACUGUGAAAAAGCACCUCGAAUCCUUGCAUAUGAGUAAUUAUUCAGGGUCAUGGAUGCGAAUGCUACUGUGAAUGCCAAAGAGACACAAUCUUAAAGUGGGAACAUAUUUAUAGAGAUGACAUUUGACUAGCUCCGAUGAACAGUACGUUUCCUGUGGAGACAAAUAAUUGCAGACAUCCUGCUGAGAGUUUGCUUGGCGCUUGGCAGUUGUAACAGUGACUGUUCAACAAGAGAAAGGACAGGCACAGAACGUUCAAAAUGAAGCCAAACAAAGGAAGAAUGACAGCUUUUCAUUUUCUUCAUCUGUGCUAGAAGAAUGUCCAUGAUUUACCAAACACCUCACAGACUUAAUAUCUAAAUAUGUCACACUUUGAGGACACUCAUAAAAUAAAACAUUGUAUGAAUUUAAAUCAGCACUACAUAACAAUGGGAAUUUGGCCUCUAUGGUGGAAUUAUGCUGUGCUGUGAAAAAGUCUUUGCCCUUCACCUGAUUUCUUCUAUUUUUGCGUGUUUCAGAUCAUCCAACUAAUUAUAA